AUGUCGUCGGGCGGCGCCUCGUUCGCCUGGACGAAACCUCCCAAGGCCAAGCACCCCCUAGCUGACAGCAUCCUGGUGGGCUCACAGUGCAUGGAGCAGCAGCAGGGAGGGCAGCGAGUGGAGCUGACCUACCCCAUCCACAACGGCGUGGUGCAGCGCUGGGACGACAUGGGGCACGUGUGGGACUACACCUUCAACACCGCUCUCGGAAUUGACCCCUCUGAAACCAAGAUCCUGCUCACUGACCCUCCUCUCAAUCCCACUAAGAACCGCCAGCGCAUGGUGAGUGAGAGAUGGCACGGGCUGCACGGUGUGGUGCAGCGCUGGGACGACAUGGGGCACGUGUGGAACUACACCUUCAACACCGCUCUUGGCAUUGACCCCUCUGAGACCAAGAUUCUUCUUACUGACCCACCGCUCAACCCCACCAAGAAUCUCAGGGUUCCCCACUUACCACUGCUCUUCUCACCCCCCUUUCCGCCGCACUUCCCACCGCCCUUCCCACCGCUCUUCCCACCGCUCUUCCCACCGCUCUUCCCACCGCUCUUCCCACCGCUCUUCCCACCGCUCUUCCCACCGCUCUUCCCACCGCUCUUCCCACUGCUCUUCCCGCCACCCCCCACGGCAGCUGCAAAUGAUCUGCAAAUGAUGUUUGAGAAGUACAACUUCGACUCCCUCUUCAUUCAGCUGCAAGCCGUGCUGCCACUCUACGCCCAAGGCAUUCUGACAGGGCUUGUAGUGGACUCUGGGGAGAGCGCCACUCACGCAGUAAGCCCCGUUCUUUCCCCUUGCAUUUUUGAGGGAGAGCAAAAUCAUGUGUCUGCAUACCCUCUUGCACUCACUCCUUCCUCAUCCCUUGCGUCCCUCCAGGUCCCAGUGGUGGAAGGCUUUGCAUACCCACACCUUACAAAGCGGAUCAGCAUAGCAGGCAGGCAGAUCACGUCUCACCUCAUUGAUCUCAUGAUGCGACGCGGGUAUCUACCUUUCAGCAAGGUGUCGGACUUUGAGGCUGCAAGUACCGGCGCUGCUUCCCUUACUGCUGCUCAACAGUCAACUCUUCUCUACGCUCCCACUCCUCCCUUUCCGUCUCUGCCACACUUCGUCUCGCCUUUCCCCCCCCCUUCCUCACCAGCUACCCCUUCAGCAAGCUACCCCUUCAGCAAGGUGUCAGACUUUGAAGCGGCGAGGGCCAUUAAGGAACAGCUCUGCUUCGUCAGCUGUGAUUACAAGCGAGAGAUGCAACUGGCAGAGGACACCACAGUGCUUGUGAAGCAGUCCUCUUAA